GUUUCCCCGGACGUGACGUUCUCUUUAGCUCACUAAGCUAUACAGAGCUAACAGAGCUAAUACGUUAGCUAUGUCAGGCUUAGAAGAAACAUCUAAUGACCUUUUAAAGGUUAAACGAGACCAGGAGCUGGAUGCAGACGCUGACGAAGAACUCGAGGAUGAUUUCCUUGUUGACUCCACUCGAUAUUUAUUUUACAGGGAAAGAAAGGAGUGGGCUGACCUGGAGCCUGUUCCUCAGGACGAUGGACCAAAUCCUGUAGUGAAAAUCGCUUACUCUGAAAAGUUCUCAGAUGUUUUUGACUAUUUCCGUGCCCUCUUGAAGACUGAUGAAAGAAGUGAACGGGCCUUGGCCUUGACAGCAGAAGCCAUCGAGCUGAAUGCUGCAAACUACACAGUCUGGCACUACCGUCGAGUACUACUUCAAUCGCUAUCAAAAGAUUUAAGGGAAGAGAUGAGGUACAUUACUGACAUCAUAGAGGAGCAGCCUAAAAACUAUCAAGUCUGGCAUCACAGGCGUAUGGUGGUGGAGUGGUUAAAUGACCCCUCAAAGGAAUUGGACUUCAUUGCAGACAUUUUAAGCCAAGAUGCCAAGAACUACCACGCUUGGCAGCACCGGCAGUGGGUCAUCCAGGAGUACAAACUGUGGGACAACGAGCUGGAGUUUGUGGAGACUCUGUUGGAAGAAGAUGUGAGGAAUAACUCCGCGUGGAACCAGAGGCAUUUUGUGAUUUCUCAAACCACUGGUUUCUCCGACCCGGUCGUAGUGGAGCGAGAGAUUCAGUAUUGUCUUAACCAGAUCAAGAAGGCCCCGCACAAUGAAAGUGCCUGGAACUAUUUAAAAGGAAUGCUGCAAGACAGAGGUCUGUCAACUCAGCCCGGUCUGCUGGAGAGAGUCCAGGAGCUGAAGGAGACACACUGCUCCCCGUACCUCCUGGCCUUUCUGUUUGACUGUUAUGAGGACGCCUUAGAGAACAGCACUGAGGAAGAACAGAAGGGAACCUUAGAAAUGGCUCUAGAAAUCUGUCAGCUGCUAGCGGAGGAAAAGGACACCAUCCGUCGGGAGUACUGGCGGUUUCUGGGACGCUCUUUGAAAAAGAAAUACGGUAACUUUGUAGAACCCACAGCGGACGCCCAGGAACCUCCAGCCUCAGUGCCUGGACACCAGGAGUCCAGCUGAACCCCCAGAGAACUCAAACCUUUUCACUAAUUUCCCCGCUUUGUCGUCGCUGUUGAUGACGUGGUAUAAUGAUAAUGAUUGAUGGACAGGUGUCAUGUGGUGAAUGCUAACGCAAGGUUUAAACUCCUGUGCACAUUUUUUUUUUAUUUUGCAGUAGAAAACAAAUAAAUAUUUGCACCGUCUUAAA